AUGAGCUCGUAUGCCACGUCGCCGCCUGCGGCGGCGCUGAUCCGGCGGGCGGCGGCGCCGUGGUCGCCGGCAAGCCACUCGCUCUUCCCCGCGGCGGCGCGCGAGUACGCGGUGAUGGUCAUGCGCAUCGGCUACCAGAUCGCGCUCUCUCCGCCCGACGACGCCGAGGCGCGCCCGGACCGGAGCGCGCUGUCCGACGUGUGGCGCGAGCACGUGCUGCCGCACGCGGUGGCGCGCUGA